AUUGUCAGCGCGAAGGGUCCAAAUAUUAACGUAUCUAAUUUUAGUUUCCGUAAUCCAAUGACUUCAACUAUGUGUAUGCCACGAAACUUUGAAAGGUCGAGGUACGCCGAAUCUGUUUGCGAUCAAAGAAGUAUGUACUAUAGACGUGAGACAUCACCGAUGUCAAUACGCAGUGCUUGUGAUGUACGACCACGGAAUUACCAACAAUAUCCUGGCAUGAGCUCCCAAAAGUCUGUAUUUAGUGGAAGAGGUGGCUCUCCAAUGUCUAUCAGAAGUAUUGAUUCAUCCGCAAGUGUAAGUGCAGCAGAUAUAGCGUUUGCAUUCAAGAAUGUGAAGUUUAAUAGAUAUGAUCUAAAAGUUAUAAAGGAUGCUUACCACAAACUAAUGAAGCAAAGAGUUCGAAAAAGAAUUGAGAAAAGGAGGAAUAUGAGAUUGUUCCUCAAAGGCAGGAGAAGAUCAGGAUAUGACUCUGGAGAGCAAGGAAGCAACUCCUCUAUAAGCAGUGAUGACUGUAGGUCUAUUAAGACCUCUUAUAAAGAAAAUAUGUCCAGUAAUGCAUCAACAAGGAUGAAUUUGACUGAUUUUAGAAGAACUGUCAAUGAUAAUACAUUCAAAGAUUGUUCUGAAAAUCUUAAACAAAGUGCUGUCAGAAAUAAGUUUCCUAUUGGUUUUAAUAGUGGAAACACUACUAAGAAUUUCAACAGCUCAAUGAUGCCUCCAUCAUACAAUUUACAAAGCAAUCCUUUUACUUCUCAAAAGGAUAGAUUUAAAAAUGGGUUUUUACUGCCAUCACAAAGAUUUAACAAGUCAGUAGCUUCAUCUGCAAUUAUGGAAAACUCAGAAAAAUGUUACAAAACUACAGCAAAUAACCCAAGAAACUUUAAUGCUCAAAAUAGAGAUAGAAAUAAUUGUGUAACUGGUAGUGAAGAAGAUGAAGAAAUAUUUUCAGAAGUGACAGUGAGAGAGAAGAGUCCGUGUACUAUAGAACCUCAGCGUAAGAGGAACCUGGAUAGUGAGGAUGAAUGUUUCCCACAGAAAAAGAAAAGUAGAGUGACAUCACCGGUUAAAAAUGAUCCAAAUAAUAGAAGAACUCCAUCUAAACUAAAGAAUCAUCAACCAAAUAAUGUUGCAUUAUCAAAUAGCUUUGAAUUUGCCAAGCCAUCUCUACCAGUCAGAAAAUCAAAGCCAAAAGUACAAGAAGUGCUCAUAGCCAAAUCGGCAGUACCUUUAACAGACUUCUUGGAGCCAAUUCCUGAUAAAGUUCAAGAGACUGUCCAAACAGUAGAAAACACACAGUCUAAUGUGGCCCAAGAGAAAUCCACAGAAAAUUUGUCUCAGCUUGACCAAUCUGAAGCAACACAAAGUGACAUUUCUUCACGCCCAAGCUUUAUUAAAAGAAAACUAUUCACACAAAAACUGGAUGUUGCAGAGAAAUCAAACAUAAGCAGUGACAGCACAAACAGCCCACAGAGUGGUGUCUAUCUUCUACAGAAGGAGAAAAAUAAAGCUAGAAAGUUGGUGACCAACCAGUCGUGUCUGAAUAGAGAAGUUCAAGAUGACAGUAAUCUAUUAGAUUUAAUUCACAAAAUAGUACCUCCUGACCAAAUAAAUGUAAAUAAAACACUUGUGCCAAAAGAUUGUAAGAUUUUGGUGGAAAAGAUGCAACCUAAUAAUAUGGUACAGAAGCAAGUUGUUAAUAAAGAUGUCAACCUAACUCAUAAUAAUGUCACAGUAAAUAAUGUUAAGAAUUCAGCUAAGACCUUUUGGGAUACAGACUUUGAAAGUGAUGCGGAAUGUCAGCCUAUACUACCAAAGCGCUUUUCACUUAGCCUUAAGAAAGCAAAUACGACAUUGGGAGUGUCUACUGAAAUCAAAAAGCCUACAGGCUAUGCCAACUCACAGAUGUUAAAAAAAUCACAAAAUCUUGAGAAGCCAAAACAAUUCAAUAAUGUUACCAUGAAUAGCACUGUAAUGAAUAAUACCAUGGAUAGCACUGUGCGUAAAUUUAACACCAGCACACUGAGCAUCCGAUCACAUCGUGUGACUAAAAAAAAUAAAUGCUGCAAUGAAACCUGUGCUAGUGAAAACAAUUUAAAGGUAAACAAUAAUAACAAAAUUACUAUCGAGAAUAAGAAAGAUAAGUCUAAAAAGUCGAAAGAAGAAUCCACAGAAAAAAAUAAGCCGAAUGAAAAUAGACUCACCAAUAAUCCCAUAACCAUUUCCAAGGCUAAAACAACUAAAUCUGAGAAAAAUAGCAAACCCAAAUCUGCGACAAAAAUUGAUGCAAAUGCUAAUGAAAAACCUUCAAAUAAAAAUAAACAAGCAGUUAGUCCAAACAAAAAUAAAAAAGUUGUUAGUCCAAACAAAAAUACCAAAAAAUCUGAUUUAAAAUCUAAGACAAACAAAUCAACCAUUGACAAUAGAAAAAAUAACUCUGAACAGUCUAAUAAUAAAACUGCUAUUAAAAAACAAACCAAUACCACACAAUUAAACAAUAAUUCUAAAAUAAAACCACAAAAUGAAAAGCAAAAAAAUAAAAAGGAAAGCCCUCAAGCUAAAUCUCAGUCCAAAUCAAAAGAUAGAUCCUCCACAAUAAAUAGAGUUCCACCUAAACCAAAUAAUAACAAUUCUAUACAAAAUACGUCUUUCAGUGGACGACCAUGGAGGUCCUGUCGCACCCCAAGCCAAAGUAGAUCCAUUGAACUUUCUAGAUCUACACAACUCGACACCUCAUUAGAAAAUAAUAGAAGUCUUCGUUCGAGGGUCAUUAAUUUGUCCUCAUCUAUCGAAAACAUUACAAUAAAAAUCAAACCUAAGAAAAAAAUAAUCAACAAUAAAAAUAUUUCACAAAUAAGUACACGAAAGAGCGAUGUAUCAUUCUCAUUAGGGACGGGCGAGAAAACGCCGACACCAAAGAAAUGUUUCGCGCGAAACAAAUCCGAUUUCAACAAAGGGAAAAGAAAAACUUAGAAUUUAGUUUAUAGUUUAAAUCUGGUAAAUUAUGUAUAAUUUCGUUAUGGUUCAUGAUUUUAAGCCUUUUACUGGCAUAGAAGGUAGAAUAAUAUUGAAGUGAAAUGUAUAUUAUUAUUUUUUAAUUGUGGGUUUGAAGACUAUGUAAAAUGUCUGAACUGUCUAUAAUUCUGUAAAUUAUGAGAAUUUUGCACUUUUUAAACUGAUUUGUCAGCACCAGAAUUGUUUUUAAUUAUAAAUAUAGAAUAAUACUUAAUUUUGUAAGUAAUACAACUUUGGAUUUUUAUUUUCUGAGAAUCUAUGGCAGUGACAUCUGCUGCAACUUAGUACAAAGAUUUUUAUUGACUUAUUUUACAAUUUUAAAUGUUAAAUUAUGAUACUAUUAUGAGUUUAAUGUAAUAACAUUUCAAUUAUGUGCCUUGACUUUAAACUUUUACUCACAAAGUAUAUUAGACAAUAAUAUUGAGUACCUACAUACAUUAGCAUAUUUAUGUAAAGUUAUUGUAGAAGCUUAGUUUAAUGUUAAAAUUUGUAGAUAGGAAUAGAGUGGACACUAAUGAAUUACC